UUUCUGUCGUUUGCGAGCCCGAGGGGGGAGCAGUGGUUUGGGUUUGGGGGGCUGGCGGGGCUAGGGGAUCUGAGAGGCCAGCGCAUCCCCAUCCUAACACGCGAAGCGGGCGUCGGCCGGGGCGCCCCGCCCCUAACACACCUCCUCAACAGCAACGCCUCCCUCAGCGGCGCCUUCGCCGGCGGCUCCCUCCGCACAGCCUACACAGCCAUCGGGGCAGGCACGACGUCGCAUGGGCGAUGGCUCGCGCUGGCGGGCGCGCCCGCACUCACGGUCCUCGAUCUCGCGAGCGCGCGGUCGAAUGGCGCUGCCAAUGCCGCUGUCAAUGCCACUGCCAACCCCGUCCUCAGCGCCCUCACGGCCCUCAGCCGCCGCACCGGGCGCCAGCCGCGCCUCCCCGCCUGGACGGCCCAAGGCAGCAUCCUCGGGAUCCAAGGCGGGCAGAACAAGACGGCCGCCAUUGUGCAGCGCGCCCUCGCGGCCAAGACGCCGCUCGCGGCUGUGUGGCUGCAGGACUGGAGCGGCGCGCGCCUGCAGCCCGGCGCCGACUACGCCGUCCCCGCCAGCCGGCUGUGGUGGAACUGGGAGGCGGACGCGGAGCGGUACCCGCAGUGGGCGACGUGGGUGCCGGCGCUGCGGGGCGAGCAUGGCGUCCGAGUUCUGAGCUACGUGAAUACGUUUUUGGCGGAUGUGAGCGCGAAGACGAGUGGAUGGGAAAGGAAUCUGUUCGAGGAGGGUAGCGCAAAGGGCUUGUUGGUGGGGAAUAAGUCGGCGGAUGAUGGCGCGCCGUGGAGGAUUGAGAGCGGACCCGGCAUCGAUGCGGGACUGUUGGAUCUGUCGAAUGAGGCGGCGGUGCGCUGGUUCAAGCAGGUGCUCAAAGACCAGUUCUACAGCGUACCCAUCUCAGGCAUGAUGCAGGACUUUGGCGAGUACCUUCCCACCGACGCUGAUGCCCAGCUAGGCGGCGACGUCGACCCCCGCCUCUUCCACAACGCGUAUCCCGCGGCGUGGGCGAAGCUGCUGCGCGAGGUGGUCGAGGAGCUGGAUCUUACGGACGAACAGCUAGGCUUCCACCGCAGCGCGACAACCUUUUCAGGCCCGCACACGAACCUCUUCUGGGCCGGCGACCAAAACGUCGACACGACUCGCGAGGACGGCAUGCGUGCGGCCGCUAGCACUGCCCUGCAGAUGGGCUUCAGCGGGUGGGGCCAGAUCCACUCGGACGUCGGCGGGUACACAACGACGCUGUCUAAAAAGGCAGGCAAUGUCACGCGCGACGCAGCGCUUCUAGGACGAUGGGGGGAAAUGGUCGCGCUGACGGACGCCGUGAUGCGUUCGCACGAGGGAAACAUCCCAGACGUCAACGCCCAGGCCUACGACAAUGCCUCGACGCUAGCUUACUGGGCUUACAACUCGCGCUUGUUCGUCAGCGUGGCUCAGUACCGGGCGCAGCUGCUCGACGAGUACCACGAUCGCGGCUGGCCCGUUGCGAGGCAUCCUGUCGUCUAUGCACCGGGGGACGCGCGCGCUCAAAGCGUUGUCGACGAGGCGUUUUGGGUUGGCGAGGCACUACUGCUGGCGCCGGUUUACGAGGUUUGGGAACAGAAGGUUGAAGUUUAUCUUCCGCAUUUUCAGAUUGAUAGCGAGGGAAGGGCUGUGCCGGGGGAGACAAAGUAUAGGCAUUUGUGGUCAGGGGAAGAGUACGCGCCAGGGCAGAGUGUUGUCGUGGAUGCGCCGUGGGGACGGCCGGGCGUAUUUGUCAGGUGGCCAUUGAAGGAGAGCGAGGAGGAGACAUUGAAGGGGUUGUUUGAGUUUGUGGAGAAGGAGAGGGAGACGGUGCUGAGCGUGUGA